GCAAUUUAGGCGGUAGUUUCAGUGUUGUAUGCACAAUGGCUAGCCAGUACAAACUGAGCUCUUCACAACGUGAUCGCGUUAAAAAAUUUAAUGCUAUCACGCGAAGUUCUGACAAGGUUGCUAUUGAUUUCCUUCAGAUGAGUAACUGGAGACUAGAACAAGCUGUAGAUUAUUUUACCGACAAAACCCUGCUCCCACUGGACCUUCAGUCAAUGAAGCGAAAAUUGAUCAGCUUUUCCAGCGUUAUCGUGAUCCUCAGUGUCCUGAUCGCAUACUGGCCACAGGAAUGGAACGAUUUCUCAUCACAGAUCUUCAUAUUGAUCCAGAAAGCCUAAUAACAUUAAUCCUAGCCUGGAAGUUUUCAGCAAAAACUCAAGGUGAAUUUACUCGUGAAGAGUUCUUUCGAGGUUUUCGAGAUUUAGGUUGUGAUUCAAUUGACUCCUUACGUAAUAAACUCCAAAGUUUAUUAAGUGAAGUGGAAGAUAAACAAGCAUUCCGUUCCCUGUACCUAUUCACUUUUGGCUUUGCUAAUUUGGAUAAGCAUGAAAGUAAAUCACUCGUUCUUCAGUAUGCCAUUCCCUAUUGGGAAAUCCUCCUACGUGGCCGAUUUUGCCACUUAUCUCUGUGGUUCAAAUUCCUGCAAGUAAGUCUCAAUAUUUACCACUCCAUUAUUUAAACAAUAAGAGAUGCUUUCAAUUGAAUAGAGAUUGCAGUAAACUAUUUCGAUGUGUAAUGAAAAUAAAACAGUGUUAAUGAUGUGUGGUUAUUAAGGUAUUAGUUAAAAGUUUCUCUCUGUUUUGACCUCAUAGUAACUGUGGUCACUAUGUCAGUCAAUGUUCGAGGCUUAUUGGUUAAAUUUCAAAUAUGUUUGUUAUUUCUUGCUAGAGAUUUUGGUUGAUUCAUUUUGCCAUUAAAUGUUUAUGCGUGUUGUACAAGGCAACCUUACUAAUAAACCAUUUACAUUUUUACCGUCAUUAUUAGACCCUUGAGUUCUUAAUGGGAACAUAAGGCUUCAGUAGCACAUAGCCAUUUCACACUCUUCCCUACAGUCUUUUCAACCUGACUCUACCACUGCCCACAAGCUUUCAUUUCUUCCUCACAUCAUCUCCAUGUCACACUCGGAUGCCCAACUCGUCGUCUCCUCUUUGGGUUCCACUCGACGACCUGACCUGGCAAGUGAUGUCCCUGAAUGGUCUUCUUAGUGUAUGCCCAAUCCAUCUCCACUUUCUUGUACAUAUUUGUUUGACUGUGGGUUGGUUGUUGGUUGGUUGGUUCGUUGCCAGCAAGCCAGCCAGCCAGCUAGAGUUGCUUGUUGCUUAUUCUUAUUAUUCUGACCAUCUGAUCUCCAUCUUCAGUAUCGAGUGAGCGUAGGUGUCAGUUGUUGAUGUAUGUGUGUAGUUAGUUGGCAAUGCUUUUCGUAACGCGCCAAGUAUCUGAAGCAUCACAUAGAAGCACUGACUGACUUACUUGACUGAAUUGGUGUUGAAAAUUCGGAUCUAUAAGCUGAGUGGAGUGGAGUGGAGUGCAGUAGACCUCCAUAGUGAAUUCAGAUUAAUGAAGGAAUGCCUGUGUUACUGUCUUUCCGUUCCUGGCUUUGACGUUCUCUUCUGUGCCUGUGCCACCUGUGGUUGAAACGAUGCUGGGUGCCUAUGGUAGGUGAAAGAGACAACUUCCUUUAGAUUUCUCCGGUUGGUGGUGAUUGGUGCUUGUUGUUGUUGGUUGGGUACCUUCAUCACCUCUGCCUUCUCCACGUUCACCUGAAGAAAAUCUCAUCUUCGCUGUGCUGCCUCUUCGAGUUUGUGCGACAUUGGACAUAAAUCAUCAUCGGCGAAAUCCAGAUUUUCUAGGUUCUUUUCAUCGGUCAAACAGCGUAUGCCCAUCCUCUCACAGCUACUCGCAGUUUCUUGCAUGAUCCAGUCCAUCACAAUCCGGAAGGUGAUAGUAGGCGGCAACCUUAUCUUAUUUCUAUAUUCACUUCAAAGGCAUCACUGAGCUUUCCUUUGUGAAUCACUUGACAUGUAGCACCAUAUAGCAUAUGGCUGCUGCUGAAUGAGGUUGAUAAGGGUUUGUGGCACUAAAACCUUAGUGUUGAAGCAGUUGUCAAAUUACUUCUUGGUCGACACGUCUAUCGAAGGCCUUUCCAAAAUCGACGAAGUUGAUGUAGAGUUGAGUUGACUACCAUUCUAUGCUCUGUUCUAUGAUGUUGCAUAGCGAUGCAAUUUGAUCCAUAUAUGAUUUGUUUUUCCUGAAACCAGCCUGCUGCGAUCGUAAUCCUGAAUCCAGAGCAUUUUUUAGUCUCUCCAGGAUAAUGUGGCGUAAUAUUUUGCUUGGUGUGGAUAUGAUCAUGAUUCUGUGCCAGUUCUUGCAAAGACUUAGGUCACCCUUCUUUGGGAGUUUGACAAAGUAUCCCUUCUUCUAAUCAAUCGGCGCGUGCCUUUCCUUCCUUCCAAACCUUCUGCAAUAAGUGGUGUGAGCAUAGACCACUUACGUUUUGUAACUGUAACCUCUGAUUAGGACGAGUGCUCCAUAUCCGAAUAUUUUCUGUUAGCGUCAUCUAUCUUAUGGUCCAAUAAGUCAUCGAAUUCUUCGGUUAUUUUUUUUAAAUAUCACCAUUUCACAUCUACUCUCUCGACAAGAAAUGCCUACAGUAUUUACCUCAAAACCAAGUAAAAUAAUGUUCGACCAAAUAAGCAUGUUUUCAGCCUAACGGAAAUUGUCAGUAAAACGGCUGACUAGACAUUGACCAAGCAUUUGAAUAAAGCACAUUUAAGAAAAUAAAAGUAGAAAUACACUAAUGUGAACCCAUAGUAUAUGAAAUGCGAUGUAUUCACUUUAAUACCUGGUGUAAUAGAAAAUUAUAUGACUUUCCAAGUUACUCAAGGCUUCGUCUUCAACGAUGCCUUACAAGGAUUUUAUAUAACUGUUUUUUUUCAAUUGUUGGAAUAAAAUACGAAUGGUUGUUUAAUCCCUUUUUCUGAAUUGCUUUAUUGGUGGAAAUGUGGUGCUAUUCACCUUGAAUCAUUUCAUUUAUGUUUUGCCUAUCUCUGAAGAUUUUUUUUUCACCGAUUUAAACGUUAUCGGAUCCAAUUUUUAUUCACCUAGCAUUAGAGACGAUUUUAAUCACAUAACUUUCAACUUCCUCCUCAGAUUGGAUUGAAUUUCUUUAUUCCUUAUACUUGGUAUGUCUUUACUCAAUUAUCCUUUAAAAUUCGCUGUUUUUCUGGAUUUUUUUUUUCACUCUAAGCUCUUUGGGGUUGUCACCAAUUUUACAUCAGUAAAAAUCUUAUUGUGAGUUUCAUCUGAGAUUUUGCUUAAUGUGAUAAUAUACUGAGCUUUUAUGCUCUUGAAGAAUUUGUAUUAUUGUACUAUUAAUGUUGAUUGUUACCCUCCUUUAUUAUCUGAAAUCGUCAGGAAAGUAUUCUUCCAAAUAACAUCCUCCCAAUCAAGACGACGAUCAUAUUUAUCAAUGUAUUUUGAGGAAAGUGUUAUCAUAUCAUCACUUUCUGCUUCUAUAGAGUGAUCAAUUCUGUAUGUUUGAUUUUUCCUGUAUUUACUGAAUGCUUCUUCGCACAAAAUACUUUGAAGAAUUUCGUUGAUUUGUAGGAUACACUUAUUCUAAGUUAUCACAAUAGUCUAUCCUCAAUGCUUCUGACUUCUUAUGGAAUGAUUCUUUUGUUUAAUAUUGUUGCUGAAUUGGUACACAUUUAGAGUAGACAUUUCUGAAUGAAAUUCCCCAGGUACAAGCUUUGAUUAAACUUAACAUGAGUCAAAUUUGCUGGGUUAUCUUGUAUUAUGCAUAUUCAUUACCUCAUUAACUGUUUCAUCUCAUUACUAUUCACAUGAAUUAAUCAGUGAGUUUACCAGUUGUACACUAUAGAUAAAGGGUAUUGAACGAUGAAAGACUCCUAUCUUAUAGUUAACGAGUACAACAGUAAACACUGUUGCUUGGUCAGCAUGAUUUUUGAAUAGUAGGAGUCUUGUUUACGCAUGUAAUAUAAAUGUUUCAACAUAAUAUUAUAUCUCUGAUUUAUUUUAUUGUUUAUGUCUUUGGUUGUAUGUGGAUAAAAAAUCCACUGAAGAAGGAUAUUUUAUAUAUGCGAUUUACUUAUUAAGUUGACACUCUCCAAGUACAUAUAUACUUAUAAUUUUACUUUCAUUCCUCUGUUAUAUAUAGAAUUUUGUAUAUAAAAAUUGUAAUCAUUUACAGCACCCUACUAGUAAUUCCAAGUUCUCCAUAAAGAGGUAUUCUCAUCGUUCAUUAUUACAACUACGCCUAAAGGAUAAUCAUUUUUACUGACAUUUCUAUAUUUCCAACCACAUUUUAUGGUUUAUCAUUCGUAGAACUGUCCAAGUAGUACAUUUAGUUAUAUAACCUUUAGUUCUUAUUCGAUAUUAUCGAUCAAUAAAACAUUCUCUAGCUAUUUAUUGCCUUUCCUAGGAACACCAUAAACGUCCAAUUUCUAAAGACACAUGGGACCUUCUUCUAGAUUUUGUGGAAACAAUCUAUCCAGAUAUGUCCAAUUAUGACGAAGAAGGUGCCUGGCCAGUAUUAAUUGAUGAAUUUGUGGAAUGGGCGAAACCUCAAGUUCAAUCAGAUGAACUAUCAACCAGUCGUUCGUGAUCUGUUCAUAUAAUUUCGGAGUGAUAUUUAUUUCUUGUAAAAUAUGCAGCUAUUUUCACCACAAAUAUUUUCAAUUAGAACAAUUGUAAAGCCCCUGUUAUCUUCCUCCUCAAAUCGCCUUUCUGUUAAAGCUUAUUCUUCCCUUCAAAGUAUCUAAUGAUGGAGAAUAGCUGACCUUUCCCAAUAUGUGUAGUCUGUUCUUCUUGUUACAGGCUAUGGUGUUUUCAUAAUCACCUGCUGUCCUUUCAUUGGUAUCUAGUACCGGUGAAUUUAAGCAAAUUCACAUUAAAGUGUAUACAUAUGACUAUUCUUAGUUUUAUCAACUAUAGGCCACAUCGUUCUACUUCUUAUACUGUAAGAAUUAAGCUGAUAUGUUGCCUACAUUUGGUGGCUAGAAAUACAAUAGUGAACGUACAUUUCAAGUUAUUGCUUCUAGGUUUAUUUCGUUCUUCACCGUACAGUUGUAUUUGUACUUCUUAAUGGUUUGUAAAAUACUCAACACCUCCUAGUGCUGCACCAAAUGUGUACACAUAUCUUAAGGGCUUAUGACAUUAGAGGUUAUUCUACUAAAUGAUCCUCUUAAUGUCGUCUAUUGUUGCAGUUUGUUAAUCUAAACUUCACUUCCUGUGGUAAUCCUAUACAGCUUAUUUUGCCAAUUCUUGUCUUAUCAGAAUAUUGUACCUAACCCUGACAAUGCCAUCUGUAUGCUGUACUUUGUGACUCGUGAACGAGUGUUAAAACCACUUUAUUUCACGUCGACAUUCUCGUAAUUAUUCUAUUUGUAUUCCAGAAGGGAGAUACCGUACUCUCAGUCCACUUAAAUUUUCCUUUCGAAGUGGUAACAAGAUAAUCUGUCUAUACAGGAUCAAAAUUUUCCAAAUGUGCACCUGCUUAUAUGGUAGAAACGAAGCUGAUUCAAUCACUAAGAUGUGUACUACCAAUUCGAAUUGCCACUCACUAUCACUUCAAGGGUACCUUCCGUUUGAGCUAUCACAGGACCUACUGCUAAAGUAUGUUCACAAGUGUAGGUGUUCAGUCUCUACUUUCAAUACAUCUGAAGAGCAGUUUGAUUGCUCCUUUUCCUAGUCUAACUAUAGUACACCCACUUCCAACGAAAACAGACGAGAGUUUACAUAGUUAUUCCAGAAAAAUGUUUAUAUACUCUAUAAAGUUGAUAUGCUCGUUUGUUAUGGUUUAGUGCGUCACUAUUCAUAGCUCUAAAUUUAUGCGUUUGGCUACAUUUAUCUUCUAAAGAGACUGGUCUGUUGCUAUACUGUAUGAAUAGAUACAUUUUGAGCACUCGUAGUCAUUCAUUUUCG